UUGGGUUUGGGCCACCCCGCAACACACGCAUGCACUCAUUGAUUCAUGAAGGGCAGCGGCAAUGCUUUGAGGUACAGCGGAAGCAAUUUCCUGCGGCAGCGCUUGGUUUUGUCCACGAUUAGUGGACGACCAGUGGUGAUCUCCGACAUUCGUCCUAAGGAUGAAGAACCUGGUCUGAGAGAUUAUGAGGCUUCCUUUGUCAGACUUUUGGACAAACUGUGCGAUGGUUCUGACAUCAGUAUUGACGAGACAGGUACCACGCUGAAGUAUAGACCUGGUCAGAUCAUCGGAGGCAGCGGCUUGGUCCACACAUGCCCGCCGAGCAGGUGCUUGACCUACUUUCUGGAGGGCCUUUUGCUGCUCGCGCCACUGGCAAAGCAGCCACUAACAGUUCGAUUAAAAGGGGUGACCAACAGCGCGGAAGAUGUGUCCUGCGACACCUUCCGCACGGCCACGCUGCCUUUGCUGGCGAAGUUCGGCAUCGAGGAGCAGCUGAGUUUCAAGAUCUUGAAGCGUGGCGCACCUCCUCUGGGUGGUGGAGAGGUGAUCUUCAGCUGCCCCAUCGUCAAGGCCAUCCAGCCGAUUGAGUUGUUGAACGAGGGAAAGGUGAAACGUGUUCGCGGCGUAGCCUAUACCACGAAAGUGAGUCCACAGUUUGCCGCCCGGAUGGUGGACGCCGCGCGGGGUGUGCUCAACGACUUCCUCCCAGAUGUGUGGGUCUACACGGACCACUGCAAGGGCGAGGCUUGUGGCAAUUCGCCUGGCUAUGGUAUCUCCUUGGUCGCUGAGACCAUUGCCCGAAGUCUCAAGUCCGCGGAUGCGUGUGCCAGCAUCAGUGAAGAAGAGGAGAUGAGCCCAGAGUCGGUGGGCACCCAUGCAGCCCAGCGGCUCUUAGCAGAGAUUGACCUGGACGGUGUGGAUGAUUCCAACCCACCAGAGGAAAUGAGAGGUGGUCGACACCGCCCAUCAGUCCCUGGUGCUUUAUUUCCUGAGCCUCGGAGAGGAGACGAAGCCAUCUCGGCUGCGGCUCUCGCGUCUGAGCCCCUCUGCAGCACAGAUGCUACGACACAUCCGGGACUUCCUGGGCGUGGUCUUUCAGAUCCGAGAGGACCAUGGUGAUUCCGGUAGCGUGGUGCUGUCUUGCAUCGGUGCUGGAAUCACCAACACCGCGCGGCGCACCUUCUAACGUGUCGCGUGCAGGGCGACCUCAAAAGCACCUUGAGAAGCGAGAAAAGAUCUGCGAACGUGAGAGCAGAUCAGGGUAGCCGCGCAGCCUUCGAACUCUGAAC